AUGGUCUUGUUUUUAAGAAGUUCUGUCCUUCUCACAUUAUUUACUGUGUUAAGAGAUAGUUUGUACUGUAGUUUGACCGGUCAAAGAUUUAUGGAAAACAGAAUUGACAUCAAAUUUCCUUUGAAAAGGAUAGAAAUAUUUAAAGCCAUGUCAUUUCAGUUUAGUUUAGAUAUGUAUAAAAAGUACAAUUUUCAAAAUAAUUGAACACAACAUUGCAUUUAUCGAUGAUUCCGAACAAGCAUAUGGGACAUCAAGCCGUUUAACAUUAUCACUAGGCGUGCCGCACAGCGAUCAUAGCUCAUAGCUCUCGCCAUUGCACGCUGAGCAACUUUGAGCCGGUACACCACCACCUUUUGUGAGGGUCCAGGUCUCUGCUCCAUGUCAUAAUGGGUAGGAUACAUUACUUGAAUACUUUAUGCUUUAAGCAUAAAGGAAUGUCUCCCUUAAAGACGUCUGAGAAAAACCUUUAGGAAACUAAAGGUUUUCCUAACCCUCCUAGCUUAAGGUUAUAGUUUGUCCGAGGUAGACAUAUUCGGAAACAUACUUUACUUGGCAGGCGUGGAUAGUAAUAUGGGUUAUGUUCCUUGACAAAUUACUUAAAUUUUGUCAAUGUUCAUUUUGCUCAUAAAAAAGAUAAUCCAUACAAAUAUUUGGUUUCUCAAUUUCUGGCGCCGCAUUUCAUAUUGAAUCACGCAACGCUCUAGUACUGCCAAUCAGGCACGCGUCAAGUUACGAUAAACGGACAAUACCCAUUUUCUGAUACUUUAUCUGUGCAAAUAGCUGUGGUCUGACAACCCUUUAAAAUAUAUGUACCUAUUUUUACGCACAUACAAAAUAAUAUCAAACUUUUAAGUUUAGUUAUAAAUUUAAGUCUUUGUGUGAUACGGUAAUAUACCUUUGCCUUUUGAAAGAAUAAAGAAAAAAAAAUAGUCUGAGAGGGCCCAUUCAAACAUUACAAGUUCAAUACGCUUUAUUAAACGGAUCGACUUCGAAGUAGUGUAUUUUUUAUUGCUAUGUUAAUGCAGUAUUUUUCAACAGCCCAAUUAUUAAGAAGUUGCUCUCACUUACGCCCAAUUUCUGGAAUGGAUCCAACGAAUACCAUAACAUUAAUAAAAAAAUGCAUACCAUCUUUAGAUGGGACACACCAUAAAGGUCAAGCAGGAAGAAUAGGAGUUGUUGGAGGCUCACUUGAAUAUACCGGCGCGCCUUACUAUGCAGGCAUGAGUGCUUUAAAAGUUGGAGCUGACUUAGUGCACAUAUUUUGUACAACACCAGCAGCCACUGUGAUAAAAUCAUACAGUCCAGAACUGAUCGUUCAUCCCUUGCUUGACACAAUAAAUCCUUUAAAUGAAAUAUCACUUUGGGUUGAAAGACUUCAUGUUAUGGUUAUAGGGCCAGGCCUAGGACGAGAUGCAAAGAUAUUAAGGGUGAUUUCAGAACUAAUAAAAUUAAUUGGCUCUAAAAAAAUUCCAUUAAUCAUUGAUGCUGAUGGUUUAUAUUUAAUAACUCAGAACCCUGAACUUGUAAAGGAUUUCUCAUCACCGGUUAUAUUAACACCAAACAAGAUAGAAUAUGAAAGGCUUAUUAAUAAAUUAGGUGAAACUGGUUUUACUGCACUAGGUAAAAAUAUAACUAUUUUACAAAAAGGGGAAACUGAUGAAUUGAUAAGUUCAAAUUCAGAGUUAAAAUGGAAAUACAAUACUGGAGGAUCUGGAAGAAGAUGUGGUGGUCAAGGUGACCUGCUAUCCGGAUCAAUUGCAACAUUCUUACAUUGGACUCUGGCUAGUUCAGAUAAACUGGACAUUGGAGAAACUAAUAAAGAAUUAUUAGCAUCAUCUAUAUCAUGUUUUGCAGCUUCUGCAUUAAUAAGAUUAUGCAAUUCCAAGGCUUUCCAUGAAAAAGGUAGAAGUAUGUUAGCCACAGAUAUGAUUGAACACAUUCAUGGGGCUUUUCAGGAUUUGUAUGGAGAAUAAAUGACGGGAUUGAAUUGCUCAACAUGAGGUUUCAGUAAGUUUUUAAGGAGCUGGAAGGUUGUACUAAUUUCUUAAGUUUAUUGAAAAUUGUACCUUCUAUUUAUUUUAUGUACAUAAGAUUUAAAUUACAUCCUUUACUAUUAAAGAAUAAUAGUGGAAAAG